AUGGAUGAGGAGGUGAAGGAGCUCAGGAAAGAACGGGAAAGUGGAGGUUGGGGGGCUUGGGGGGGGCUACAGACGACCCCCAUUUGUAGGGAAGUCCGGGCCGGACGGUGGCAGCCGCAAAGGCCCGGGGGGGCAGGAAAGGUCCAGACCCCAAAGUGGGGAGGGAGCCUCCAUUUCCCACUCUCCUCUAUCCCACCCUACCUGUGCCACGAAAAUCACCCUAAAAGGAGCAAGAUCGGAGAAGGAGAAACUAAUUCACACGCACACGCCCGUCCGGCAGGUGUCCCGGGCAGAACUUGGCUCCCUCGCCGUGGGUUGCCAGGCCGCGCGGUGGGGCUCUUCUGGGACAGGUACCCCCAAUCAUUCCCCCCCCUCCUCCACCCAGCCCCGACGCCUCUCACCUGCUCAGCCGCCGUCGGGCCCUUCCCGAUCCCGGAGCUGCUUCGGCCGGAGCGCUUGUUCCCCCGCGAAGGCGACCCCGCGACGGCGCCGCCUCCCGCUCCUGGCCACGUGACCCGCCCAGGUACUUCCCUCCGUGCACCUGAGUCAGGUGAGGCGCCGCCUCCCCGCUCACCUGGCGGCGGCCGAAGCCAGGACUGCACGGCCUGGACGGCGGCAGCCAGCCAGCCAGCCAACCGGAGUUCCCACGAGCUGCCCUGCGAGUGUCUGAUCGUCGUGGGCGGCGCCCUUCCUCGACUUCGGCGGCGCCUUGGCUGGGACGCGGUUACCUGCCUGGAACCAUCGGCGCCCCUGGAGCUGGACGGAGUAGGAAGAGACGGAGGCCCUGACGGCGUCAUCCCAGGGCCUCCUGAACUGCGCUGUUUACUGCUGGACCCAGCAUACGUUCCGCUGCAUGAAGCACAGGGCCUGCCAAGACGGCGAGACCCAGGCGCCGCUCCUGCGGUCCCAGAAGAGGUUCUACGAAAGCACGCUCCCUGCCGCUGGCCGCCAGGCAUAGGCCAAGUCUGCUGCGGGCUCCACGGCGCUGUGAGCAAGGGAGCUUUUGGAGUCCCUCUGGCUGAGCACCCGAAACUCUCUCCUCCCACUCCUUUGGCACCCCCUCCUCGCUGCCACGUAUUGCCAGAGGGGAAGGUGGGCAGCCCAGCCACCUUGGCCCACCAGGCUCCCCACCUGAUCCCACCCGUGCCCUGCCAUGUUAAAGAGGCCUUAUCCAGUCCAGCUCCCUGUAACCUACGAGGUGGGAGGGAACGGGCAAGAACUCUGGCAUUCAGAAAAGGACUGGUCUACACAAGGAGCAAGACCGCGACUGGCCAGCGGCGGCAGCAACGGCAACCUCUCCCCAAUGAGCCUUUUGGUGGAGCAGGAAAGCUGAGGCUUCGUCGUGGGGCCUGGAUGGUGUGUUUGACAACCAUUAUUUAUAUGGGCGAGGGGGAGCCUCUUUUAAUUCUGUAGCAGUUCCUGUACAGGAGAUUAUUCCAGGACUGUGUUGGAAUCUGGAUGUGUGUGAUAAUAGGCUGCUGUGGGGCCGACCUUUUCUUCCUCAGAGCUGCUUGUUUUUGUCGUUUUCCACUCAACAGUAAAGACAAAAGGGAACAUGUGG